AUGGCCACGCCUGUCGCUGAAAUGGGCACAGACACAGACACAGAUACAGCCAUGGCCCAAGACCUUGACGUUGGCAUUAACCAGUACCAUCAAUGGAAUGAUCAUAUCGGCUACGCAGACGACCCUUCGGCGCGGGUGCACGACAUAAUCGCGGCACACAUGGCUCGAGACCCCUCGGCGCCAGCCGUGUGCGCCUGGGACGGACGGUGGACAUACGAUGAGCUCGACCGGCUCUCGUCGGCCCUGGCAACCCAGCUGGUCACAUGCGGCGUGGCGUGCGACGACUUUGUCCCAAUCCUCGUGCCCAAGUCGAAGUGGACCGCCGUCGCUGUCCUGGGUGUGGUUCGGAGCGGCGCGGCCUUUGUGCUUCUGGACGAGGCCCAUCCACCGCGCCGCUUGCGGGAGAUUUGUGCCGAGAUGCGGGCCACGCUUGUGGUGGCAUCCGAGGACCUGCAAGACCGGGCCGGCCAGUUGAUCGAUGGCGACUCCGUCCCCGUUCUGGUGGUGGGGGAGUCAUCCCUCCGGACCUGGGCGGUCGAGGACGACGACAAAGCCUGGAUUGCGUCGCCCGUCACCGGCACGAGCGCGCUCUACGCCGUGUUCACCUCGGGCUCCACGGGCCGGCCAAAAGGUGCCGUGGUGGAGCACGCCUCGCUCUGCGCCGCGGCCCGGGCAUCAGGCCGCGUGCUGGGCAUGAGCACCCAGAGCCGAGCUUUUCAGUUCGCCUCGUUCGCCUUCGAUCCCACUAUCAUGGACUUCCUUCGCACGUGGGUCUAUGGUGGCUGCGUGUGCAUUCCGUCGCCUCAGCAGGCUAAGGACGACAUUACCGGUGCUUUCCAGGCGCUCCGGGCCAAUAUGGCCAGUAUGACCCCCUCGGUGGCCCGGCUGCUGGACCCCGAGGCGCUCCCGAGCCUACGCGUGCUCGAAUUUGCGGGAGAACCUAUGCUCCAGGCCGACGUGGACAAGUGGACGGACAGAGUCGUCCUCGUCAACUCGUAUGGAAAUGCCGAGUGCUCUGUCUACUCCAGCAUGCGGUCCCCGAUGCGUCGUGACCUCCCUACUAACAAUAUUGGCUUCCCCGUGGCCUGCGUCGCUUGGAUCGUCGAUGAGACGGACGCCGACAUCCUGCUUCCGCCCGGACAGGUGGGCGAGUUGGUGCUCGAGGGGCCCGGGGUUGGUCGUGGGUACCUCCACAACACCGCCAUGACCGCCGCGGCUUUUAUCACCAACCCAUCCUGGUUGGCCAAGUUCCGUGGGUCUACGGUGCGGGGAACACGUUUAUACAAGACGGGUGAUCUAGCGCGGUAUGAAGCGGAUGGGUCACUUGUCUGCCUGGGCCGCAAAGACACACAAACCAAGAUUCGCGGGCAGCGCGUCGAGCUGAGCGAGGUUGAGUGGCAUAUCCGGGACCUGCUGGGGCCGGACAACGACGUGGUCGCCGAGGUGGUACGCUGGAAGGAAGUUCGCGCGGCGCUUGUGGCCUGCGUCCGCAUACGGCAGGCCCCGAGUCCAUCAAAAGACAGUGAGCAAGAGCUGCAGCUGCUCGCACCACCCAGCGAGGCCUUCCGACACAAGAUGGAGGACGUGGAGCGCGAACUCCAGUCCCGGGUGCCUGCGCACAUGGUGCCCAGUGCCUUCAUCUCGCUCCACCGCGUCCCUCUCUCCCUCUCAGGCAAGACGGACCGCAGGCGCCUUCGGGACCACAUUGCUGAGAGACCCUGGGCCGAAGCGGAGGCCUAUAUGAUGGGUAUGACAGCCGACGACAGCCAUCCGCUUCCUUCACCGACCACAGUAGGUCAGCAGCGGCUUCGAGACGCCUUUGCCCACGUCUUGGGCAUUGAAGCAAUGGCUAUUGGCCUCCGCGAUUCCUUUUUUCGGCGCGGCGGUGACUCGAUCCUGGCGAUGCAACUGAGCGCCCAUUGUCGUGGGCUGGGGUUCUCCAUCACGACGCAGGACGUUUUUCAACACCAAACCAUCGCGGCCCUGAGUGACGCAGUUGCCGCCAGGGGGUCAGGGCCACAGCAGGGCCCGCUUCUUCCACUCUCUCCAGCACAACACAUGCUGAUUCAAAGACACGGCCGCCCGGCCGAUGGGGAGGACGACGAGAUCCGCCGCGACGAGUCAAGGCUCUAUGGCUUCCGCAUCAUGCGGGUACCAGAAUCCCUUUCUAUAAGGCAGCUGGAGUCGGGAUUGCAAUACCUCGUCCACCGGCACCCCGCUCUCCGGAUCAACUUUAUUCUAGGCGCGGACGGACACUGGCAGCAGGUGUCCUGGCUGGGUCGGGGAAGUCGCCGUCAUCAGAGCCUAAAUUCGCAGCCAAUGGAGCAACAGGGGAUACUACCUUCGAUAUUCGGGUUCGGGGACCACCUAGUUCCGGACAAGCUCUCGGUCGAGUUCGAGCUGGAUGCCAAUACAGCCACCAGAUUGUGGCAGAAGGGCGCAGAAGCUCUACGCGCUGACCCCAGGGAGUUGUUCCUGGGCCUUCUACUCCAUUCCUUGCAGUCCACAUUCCCCGAGCAAAAGAACGUCUGUGUUGUGGUCGAAUACGAUGGGAGAAUACGAGAUGCCACAGACGUGGUAGGCCAAUAUACAACGUACGCAUCACUGGUAUUGUCGUUGUCAACAGACACAGACUCGCUCAACAUCGUGGGUCACGUAAAGGAUGCCUUUCGAGCCGGAUCCAGGAGGCAUAACGGCGGCAGCUAUUUGCCCAUGCCGGGUGAACAUGGACGGCCAUUCAUCGUCCUGCACUGGAAUACCAAGGGAUCUCCGUCGGCAUCUGCCAUCGAGGCUGAAACGGAAAUGUGCCAACUCCUCCGACAAUCACCCCUUUCGACAGGACAUAAGCCUCCAGCAUCACGUUGCCAGCCCGGAACCCUGGACAUGACGGUAACAUGCACACGAGAAUCCCCAUCGCUCCGCGUCCAGCUGGCGGAUGCCCAGGAGGGAUUGGCUGAGAACAGGGUACGCCAGUGGAUCGAACGCUUUCGGACCUCGCUGGCCGAGUUCGCAUUGCGAUGGGGGGCAGCCAAGCUGCCACCACGGGCCAGCGAUUUCCCCCAGCUCGAUAGCAUGAGCCAAGAAGACCUAGGGUCCAUGAUCGAAGACCUCGUCGCGCAGAAUGGAGGGCUGGACACGCGCGACAUCGAAGACAUCUACCCCGCCGCAUUUAUCCAGCAGGGCAUGCUGCUCAGCCAGGCCCGCGACCCCUGGACCUACCGCUCAUCCACAGCCUGGAGGGUGCGCCCGCGGUCGUCACGGGACCUGCAGCAUCCAGUUGACCUAGCCCGGCUUCGGGAUGCCUGGGUCAAGGUGGCCAUGGCUCACUCGAUUCUGCGGACAGUCUUCGCACAAGCUCGUGAUGGUGCUUAUUACCAAGUCGUCCUGAAACAACCGGUUCUUCCCAUUACGGCACAUCGUCUUGAUGGUAACCAUUUGCCCGUUGCAACACCCAACAACAAAAAGCAUCUCGGCGAGAAUCGGAUGCUCCCGUGGAAGAUUGAACUCGUGGCAACUACUGAGCCAGGCGGCAUGAUAACCUGUCAACUCGACAUCAGUCAUGCCCUCAUGGAUGGUGACUCGGUGCGCGUGCUGGUUCGCGACGCCGGGCUGGUAUACGAGGGAAGACCUCGUACUGCUGCACUAGACCCCCCAUCGUACGGCCAAUACAUUAAAUAUCUGCGGCAGCUUCCUCAAGACCGUGCCCUGGAGUAUUGGAAGACCUGCCUUCAAAACGCCGAGCCCUGUUUAUUUCCUGUCUUUUCUGUCUACACAAGUGUCGAGCCAGAGUCCGAGCAACUCCAAGACAUUGCAGUCGUCCUGGAUGACGUCUACCGCCUCCGCCAGUUCUGCGAAACCGAGGGAGUGACGUUGUUCAACGUCAUACAGCUGGCCUGGGCCAUCGUGCUCCAAUGCUACACGGGGAACGACGAUGUCGUCUUCGGCUACCUGACAUCGGGUCGCGACGUCCCCGUCAAUGGCGCCCAGGACAUGGUCGGGCCGCUGAUCAACAUGCUCAUCAGCCGGGUCGAUCUCGAUCGUAAAGGCGUCAGCGUCCGCCAGGGCCUCGCGCAGUGCCGUGACGGCUUUACGGCCAGUCUUCCCCACCAACAUUGUGCAUUGGCCGACAUCUACCGUGCGCUGGGGCAUUCGGGCGCGGGCCUUUUUAAUACCAUCAUUACCUAUGAAAAGCUCCUGCCUGUUGAGGAUGAGCGGAGCAUCGACUUUGAACGUAUUCGGGACCGCCAACCCACCGAGUUUGACGUGGUCGUAAACGUCACCGUCUCCCGCAAUACCAUCGACCUCUCUCUCACUUACAGGGCGGAGAACCUCCCAACUGUCAUCGCAGGCAGCCUCGGGCGCACAUUUAGCACCGUCAUCUCGGAAAUCGUGGCUCGUCCGGAUGCCAGCGUGUCUGAACUGAACCUUGUUAGUGGGACGGACCUGGCUCGCAUACUUGAAUGGAACAACCCGCCCGCCGCGCCGGAGAUUGAGCUCGUUACAGACCGGAUCCGGGGCAUGGCCCUCCAAUACCCGGAGCGCCUUGCCAUCGAUGCUUGGGAUGGUGUGUUGACGUACCGCCAGUUUUGGGGGUACACCACUGGUCUUUCUGCCGUUCUGCGGCGCCACGGCCUGCAGGGCGAUGCCGAGAUGCCCAUCCCCAUUUGCCUCGAAAAAUCCGUUUGGGGGCCGGUUUGCAUGGUGGCCGUCCUGCUUGCUGGCGGGGUCUGCGUCCCCAUCGAUCCCGAGGCGCACGUGGAAAGAGUGCGAUCCAUCAUCGCGGAGAUAUCGCCAUCCAUCGUGCUGGUUUCUCCGCUGACCGCGCAGACGGUUGAUUUCGGUGCUACAGUGACUCCUUGCAGGAAAGUCGUGGUAUCGCUGGACCUAUUCACCUCCUCGCCACAUCAAGAAGAAGAGGAUGCGAAAACAUUGCCUCAUAUACAGCCCGAGAAUGCCGCUUUCAUGCUGUUCACCUCAGGGAGCACGGGUCGUCCCAAGGGCAUCAUUCUCCAGCACGACAGCCUCAGCACCACAAUCCGGGAGCAGCGGGCCCGUCUGCUUGUGGACUCGUCGUCCCGCGCCCUGCACUUCUCGUCCUAUACCUUCGAUCUCUGCGUCUACGAGGUAUUUCCCACUCUCACAGCGGGGGCGUGCGUCUGCAUUCCGUCCGACGCCGCGAGGGUGAACGAUUUGCCAGGGUUUAUCCGCGACAGUCGGGUCAAUUGGAUGGCGUCUACCCCGUCCCUCUUCCGCCUGUUCCGGCCCGAGGACAUACCCGCUGUGCAGACCGUCAGCCUGGCGGGCGAGGCCAUACCGCAGGACAUUGUUGACCUCUGGGCGGGCCGGGUCCAACUGUUCAACUCCUAUGGCCCGGCCGAGUGUACCAUCUGUAGUACCCAUAAGAUUGAAGCCCAUGACUGGAUUCCUGGCACAAUUGGCCGUGCCGCUGGCGGGGAGGCUUGGGUGGUGGAUCAGUCCAGCGUCGAUCGACUCGUGCCGAUGGGUGCGGUAGGAGAGCUGUUAUUCCAGGGCCCUGUCGUGGCCCGGGGGUACUUCCAGCAACCGGAAGCUACAGAGAAAGCCUUCCUUUUGGGACGCCCACCAUGGGUAUCCGCUUCCUGUUUCGAGGGCCGAGGUGCGCUAUAUCGGACGGGCGAUCUGGUGUCAUACAAUGCCGACGGCACUCUGCGCUAUUUGGGACGCAAAGAUGCGCAGAUCAAACUGCGGGGGCAGAGGAUCGAGCUGGAGGGCAUCGAGUUUCAGAUCAGACGCCAUCUUCCUACUGAUUCCAGCGUUGUGGUAGAUGUCUUUCGGCCGGACAACCAGGAUGCGGCGGCGUUUCUGAUUGCCUUUGUCCAAACAGGACCAGGAAAGGGAACCGAAGAAGGCGGAGUGGAACUGAUGCGAGCCGACGAACCUUUCCGCACCCUGGUCCAUGAGCUCCAGGCUAAGCUCAUAGCUGCCGUACCCAACUACAUGGUUCCCCAGCUGAUGAUUCACGUCAACCGGAUUCCCAUAGCUAAGACAGGCAAAACCGGUCGCCGGAUCCUAAGGGACGCGGUAAGGGCACUAUCACGCGCAGACUUCGAGAGGCUGGUCCAGGGGCAAGAAGGACCAAAGUCUCAGCCAACCACACCGGCCGAGGAGGCGAUGCAGCAUCUGUGGGCCACCGUCCUUAAUCAACCACCCGAGGCUCUCGGAGUACAGGACAACUUCUUCCAGGUUGGCGGCGACUCAGUCACGGCCAUGAAGCUGGUGGGGCUUGCGCGUGCUCAAGGAUAUGCCCUGACCGUCUCGGACGUCUUCAACCGGCCCACUCUAGCAGGUCUGGCGGCAGCACUGGAGGGGGCAUCAUCGCCUCUGCCCCAAAGACUACAGUACAUUCCUUACAGCCUCCUGCCAUCGGAUCAGAGCGUACAGACUCUCCAAACAACGGCCCUGGAGAAUUGUGGUCUAGCUUCGGAUGAGCUUGAGGAUAUUUACCCAUGCACGGCCCUUCAAGAAGGCCUCAUGAGUCUCACCAUCAAGCACCAGGGCUCGUAUGUUGCGCAGUAUCAGUAUGAACUCGGCCAUGACGUAGAACCCCGGCGAAUGGCCAGCGCCUGGGAUGCCGUAGUGGUGGCAAACCCUAUCCUGCGAACCCGAAUCAUACAAGCCUCAUCAGGCCGACUGUUCCAAGUUGUGUUAAAGCACGGCACUGCUUGUCAUAUCCAAAGUUCCGGUCUCGGGGGUGCCAACAAGGAAGCAAGAGAGCGACAGAUUGGGCUGGGAACGUCUCUGAUGCAGUGCUACGUGGCCACCGAAGGUGAGAAGGCCCAACUUGUCCUCACCAUCCACCAUGCUCUCUACGAUGGCUGGUCCAUGACGGUUCUACUGGAGCAGCUGGAGUCGGCCUACAGUGGCCAGCAGCCGAAGCCCCGGUCCUUCACCGGAUUCAUAGACUACGUGGGCCGUCUGGAUCCUGAAGAGUGUCCGCUUUCUGUCGAUGGCAUCGAGGAGAUGACGGGCCCAACCAUCGCCACCGUUCCACUUCGGGUCCAGAUCCGUCCUUCUGACACCGUGGAGCAAUGUUUGGAAGAAGUACAGAAACAGACAAUCGCCAUGAUCCCUUACGAAGGCACCGGACUGCACAAUAUCCAAGCCAUGGGCCCCGACGCCGCUACGGCAUGCCAGUUCCAGAACUUACUCGUGGUUCAGCAACAAGGGAGCUUCUACCAGCCCAAACUAUUGCACGAGGUGCACCGGUCCACGGAGAAUAUUGCCGCCAUCAACACCUACCCCCUGACGGUGCUAUGCAAUCUAAACGGCGACCAUGUUCUGACACAGGCAUCUUUCGAUUCACGAGUCCUGAGCGCGGCCAAGGUCGAACUCCUCGUCGGCCAAUUCCACAACGCCAUCCUCCAAUUGCUAGGACCCCCGUCUCGCGCCCUUGCCAACAUCGCCUUGGACGGAAAGGUGAUGCUGCGCCAGCUACAACGCUGGAACCAGCACAUUCUAGAACCGGCAGAUAGCACCGUAGAUGCCCUCAUUGGACGCCACUUCCAGAGCCGACCAGAUGCCCCCGCGGUUCACGCCUGGGAUGGACAACUGUCGUACGGGGAGUUAGAGUUCCUGUCUGCGCAGCUGGCCCGGGACCUCGUACAGAGAGGCGUCGGACCCGAGGCCAUGGUACCCGUGUAUCUGGGGAAAUCGGCACGACGGGGACCCCGCAAGGGAAGUCAUCAUCGAACACGGCGCCUUCCUAGCCAGCGCCUUCGGAAUCCAGGAUUAAGCUUGGGUCUCGGGUCCUCAACGCGGCUUCUGCAAGCGACAGCCCACGCAUUCGACGUCGCCAUCUUCGACCACCUGGCCGUCCUCUUGGCUGGUGGCUGCCUGUGCAUCCCCCACCCAUCGCAAAGUCAAGCUGAUCUAGGCGGUGUCAUCAGGGAGUUGCAGGCCGACUAUGCGAUGAUGACACCAUCCAUGGCCGCGCUCAUCCAACCAGACGACGUGCUGCCUGGCCUGCGCACGCUGGCCCUCGUCGGCGAGCCCAUGACGGCCGGUACAGUGGCCACCUGGGCUGACCACGUCAUAUUGAUCAACGCGUACGGCCCCGCGGAAUGCUCCGUCAAUUGCACCAUCCUCUCCCCCGUCCGCUCCCAGGGCCAGGACAAGAGCCACCACUCCGCCGCCAACAUUGGCUUCGCGAUCGACAGCGCGAAUAGCUGGGUUGUGGACAAGGACGAUCACAACAAGCUGGCGCCUAUGGGGACGGCGGGUGAGCUGCUGAUCGAGGGCCCGAUCCUGGCACGCGGGUACCUCGGCGACGAGGUCAAGACGCGAGCAUCGUUUAUCCUCGAUCCGGCGUGGGUGCGUCAGCUGCCAGUGCCAGCGCAUGGGGGGCCCCGCCGCUUCUAUAAGACGGGCGACCUGGUCCAGUACCAGCCGGAAGACGGAUCGUUGGUAUAUCUCGGCCGCAAGGAUACGCAAGUCAAGAUACGCGGCCAGAGAGUCGAGUUGGGCGAGGUCGAGUACCGCAUCAAAGCUGCGCUUCCUGGCGCCGUGGGCGGCCUGGGCGUGGUAGUGGACGUUUUCACGCCGGCGGAUGAGGGAUCCGCGCCCAUGCUCGCGGCUUUCGUCCAACUGGCCCCUGAAUUUGAAUCCGUUCCCGUGGACACACUGUUCGCUUCACCCACGAAGUCCUUCAACUCCCUCGUAGAGACGACCCUGGCGCGCCUGCGCGAGACCCUGACCUCGGCCAUGCUACCGGCCGUGUUCUUCCCCGUCGUCCACAUCCCCCUCUCCGCAACGGGCAAGGCUGAUCGCCGGAAACUGAAACAGGCGGCUUCGUGUCUCACACAGUCCGACGUCCGCCGGUACACGUUACCGGAAAAGAGCAAACCGACGACCCCGGCUUCGGCGACGGAAAGGCUGGUGCAGUCCAUUUGUGGGCGCGUGCUGGGGAUGCCGGUCGAGGAUAUCGGGAUGAACGAUGGGUUUGUACAGCUCGGCGGGCACUCCAUCUCGGCCAUACAUUUCACGGGCCAUGUUCGAUCGGCUGGCUGGCGUGUGGAACUGGCGCAUGUCCUCGCUGAACCGACACUAGCGGGCCUGGCUGCCAAGUUGCGCCCGGGUACGACUGCUACAGUGGCGUCCCCGUCAUCUGUUGCUGCUUUCAGCCUCGUGAGUGGCAAUGGCCAGGAGGAUGUUGCCUCCGACAUACGACGGCGGGCAGCCGACGCGUGUUCCGUGGCUGUCGACGACAUCGAGGACAUCUACCCGGCCACCGCGCUCCAAGCAGGCCUACUGGCGUUGAGUCUCAAGAGUCCCGGCUCUUACCAAGCCCAUAUCAACCUGAAACCAACGGUUGGCGGUGACAUGGAAAAGCUCAAGCGGGCGUGGGAGGCCACCGUGGAGGCACACGCUAUCCUGCGCACUAGGUUCUUCCAGGGCACUGACGGCGAGUUGUAUCAAGCUGUUGUCAGAAAUACCGGGGUGAGGUGGUACAACGCCAACACAAGUGGCGAUACGAAGGGCCUUUCGGUUACUCUCGGUGGCGUGCUCUGCCGCGUAACGGUGGUUCAGGAAGAGGGACAGGCCGCCAUGGUGGUGCUCACGCUUCACCACGCACUCUACGACGGUUGGUCACUUCCGCUGCUCUUUCAGGACCUCCACUCGGCAUUCCUCGGUCAUACGCUCACCCCGGCGCCGUCAUUCAACGGGUUUGUGGCAUACCUACGCCAACAGGACGUCGCCGAGAUGUCUGGCUUUUGGACAAGCGAGAUGCAAGGCCUCUCGUGCACUCCGUUCCCCACGCUACCCACCGUCCAACAUGUCCCAUCGGCCACUUCGAUGCUGGAGCACACGCUGGACUAUCAUCACCACUCUGGCACCGAGCAGCAGCAGCACUUCACGGCCUCGACGAUGCUGCGCCUGGCAUGGGCCACUGUCAUUGCCGCCUACACCGGCGGGUCCGGCGACGUCGUCUUCGGCACCACGGUGGCAGGCCGCAGCGCGCUUGUCCCGGGGAUCGAGGCCAUGACGGGCCCCACCAUCGCGACGGUGCCAUUCCGGGUGCGGAUCGACCCGGCGCAACGCACGCACGACGCCCUCGAGACGAUACGUGCGCGCAGCGCCCAGAUGAUGCGCUUCGAGCAGGCGGGCCUGCAGCAGAUCCGCACAUUUAGCCCCGAGACGGCCGUGGCGUGCCAGUUCCAGAGUUUGCUCGUCAUUCAGUGGAUGGAGGGUAUGGAGACCCCUGAAAACAAAAAGUCCGCCGGGUUGGAAAUAGACGCCGCGUCGGCGAAUCAUGACACGGCCUUCUCGUCGUACGCCAUCAACAUCACUUGCGGAUUGUCGUCCUCGUCCAUCAAAUUCAACGUAGCUUACGACCCGGCCGUCACUGCGCCGGAAGUCAUGAAAAUGAUGCUCUUCCAGUUUGCGCACGCCACGUCCCAGAUCAGGAUGAUGGCUACCAACCACAACUACCCACUGGUCAGGGACUCCAUGAGCAUCAGCCCGGAGGGAAUGGAGGCCUUGUCGCGGUGGAACACAAUUCACCCGCCACCUGCCGAUGAUGCUGGGGCUGGUGAGGCGACGUGUGUCCAUGACAUGAUCUUGCGCCACUGCAGGAACACCCCUGACGCGGUGGCAGUCAAAGCGUGGGACGGGGAGUUGACGUACGCGCAGCUCGCGGCGCUGUCGGCGCGAGUGGCGGCCUCGUUGAGACAUCGUUGGUCUCCGAGGAGCCAAGAUGAGCCCAUCGUACCCUUACUAUUUGACAAGUCUAUGUGGACGGUCGUCGGCAUUCUCGGCACCCUCCGGGCUGGAGCGGCCUUUCUCCUGCUGGAUCCAGACCAGCCCGCCGCACGUCUGCGUUUGUUGUGUGAGGCUGUUGGUGCCGAGGUUGUGCUAGCCUCGGAGGGGCGGGCGUCGUUGGCUGCUGCCGUGGCCCCGAAUGCGGUGGUGCAGGUCUGUUCUGGCGCGGCGGUUGCUGGCGAGGAGCCCACGCCACCGCUUACUCCUUCAGAGUCGGAUUCAGACCCGAGCCGCCUUCUGUACUGUGUCUUUACCAGCGGGUCAACAGGAACGCCAAAGGGCGUGCUGAUCGAGCACGGCUCGUUCUGCGCGAGCUUCGCUGGUGUGUGUCGUAUCCUCCCAUUCGGCCCAACGACGCGCAUCUUCCAGUUUGCUUCGUACGCCUUUGACGUCGGCAUCACCGACCAUCUUGUCCCCUUGAUGGUGGGUGGCAGCAUCUACAUCGCACGGCCAGAAGAUGUCAAGAACAACUUUGCGGCCUGCUUGCGCGAGUCCGAAGCCACAUACCUGGAGGUCGUCCCAUCCGUCGCAAGAACACUGGACAAGGAAGUCGGAGCGAGACUGCAGAUCCUGGCGCUGAGCGGCGAGGCCAAGACGGUCGCCGACGUGGAGCGAUGGAAGGGCCGCUUGGUGAGCGGGUACGGGCCGGCCGAAUGCUCGGCCACCUCCAACGUCCAGUUCCCCGUCAGAGCCGAGGACCACCCACAGGCGCUCGGCGUGGCAACGGGCUGCGCGGGCUGGGUUGUUGACCCCGAUGACGUUGAGCGGCUGGUGCCCGUAGGCGCUGUGGGCGAGCUGAUCAUCGAAGGCCCGAUUGUGGGCCGCGGCUACUUGAGGGAUCCCGAGCGGACAGCUGCCGCCUUUCUACCCCCGAUGCAAUGGCUCCAGCGACUCCGAGAUGCAGGUGGUAGUGGUGGUACCAAGCCUCGAGUAUAUCGAACCGGAGACCUUAUCCAGUUGCUACCCGAUGGACAACUACGAUUCGUCGGUCGAAAAGAUCAUCAGGUCAAAAUACGAGGUCAGAGAGUCGAGCUGGGUGAGGUCGAAAACCACCUUCAUCCCUUCUUUCCCCGGGCGACAAACGUCAUUGCUGAGGUUCUCAAGCCGCUCGGUCUAGAGGACCAAGCCUUCCUUGCUGCCUUUGUGGACUUGCCUGGCCAUCGUCAUGGGCAAACUAUUGGACAUGUCGGUGAGGCAGAGAUGGUGCUCUUGCCCCCGAGCGACUCAUUCCUGGCCGAGGUCCGUCAAGCGGAGCGACAACUCCGGGAUGCCGUCCCAGGCUCCAUGAUCCCGGCCUUGUUUCUACCCGUAAACCACUUCAAACUGUCCACUUCCGACAAGGUCGACAGGAAAGCGCUGCGCGUCCUAGGCAACAAUCGGGCAUGGAGGGACCUGCAGGCCUACACCAACACACGGGGACCCAGGCGUGGCCCCGAGACUGAGACGCAACAGGCCCUUGUGCUCCUCUGUGCUAAGGUCUUGAACGCGGACCCCAAAGAGAUAGGCAUUGAUGACGGAUUCCUUUCGCUUGGCGGUGACUCUAUCAGUGCUAUGUCGCUGGUGGCCCACGGCAACGCCCAAGGCAUCCGUUUCACUGUGGCUGAUGUACUGAGCCAGUCCUCCCUCGAAAAGCUUGCGGCGCGGGCUCAGAUGGGCAGUGGAAACAUCUCGGUGUUACCGGCGGUGGCAUCGCGCCCCGAGGAAACGCCCGGGGUGCCCUUCGCCCUGGCCCCGAUCCAAAGGAUGUUCUUCACCGUAAUGCCCCCGGACCUCCUGAACCACUUCAAUCAGAGCUUUUUCGUCGCACUCACCCAACGUGUUGCGCCGGAUCAUGUGCAGUCGGCCGUCCAGGUGCUCUUGCGACGCCACGCCAUGUUACGAUGCAGCUUCCAUCAGAUCAAUGGCGAAUGGAUGCAGACUAUCCUGUCCGAGCCGCCGCCUGCGCCUCUGUUCCAGGCGUCUAGCGUGCCCAACGUCGCGGCCGUGGAGCAGAGGGUGCUGGAGACGCAGCGGAGCUUGGACAUCGAAAAGGGGCUUUUGUUCUCGGUCCACCUUUUCGACAUCGAGGACCAAAGGCAGUGCUUGCUGUUGGUGGCGCACCACCUGGUGGUAGAUCAUGUGGCGUGGCGCGUCAUUCUUGCGGAUAUGGAGGAACUUCUUCUCGGCAAGAAUUCUCCGGCUGUGUCUGCUUCCUUGUCUUUCCAGACAUGGUGCCAUCUUCAGGAACAAUACGUCCGCGAACGCCUACAAUUCCCGUUGCCAAGCACAAGCACCACCAUCCUUGGGUCCGGGGACAACCAAAGCCCUCUGCCGGCGACAGAUUUUCUGCGUUACUGGAACUUGUCGGACAAGGCGACUACGAAUACCUACGCAGACACUGUGAGCACUGGCUUCACCCUCACGCCUGCAGCGACACUGGCCUUCCUGAAAGAUGCCAACAGCACGUUUCAGACGAGACCGGUUGAAAUCCUCCAGGCAGCCCUCAUCUUUUCCUUCAUACAGACAUUCCCCGACCGGGCACCUCCUGUCGUCCACAACGAAGGUCAUGGCAGAGAGACAUGGGACGUCUCCAUCGAGCUUUCGAGGACGGUCGGCUGGUUCACAACCAUCUGGCCCGCACCAGCCGUGGUACAGCCUGGGCAGAAUCUUGUCGAUGCAAUCAAACGCACCAAGGACGGGCGCCGCCAAAUGUCACGCAAUGGGUGGGAGUACUUUGCCGCCCAGCUUCUGCAUCCCGAGGGCGCUCAAGGCCUAGCACUACCUCUAGAGAUUGUCAUGAACUUUGCCGGGUCUUUUCAUGAGUUGGAGGAUGAGAAUGCCCUGUUUCAAUGGCACGAGACCCAGUUUACGCAACUCGACGCCCCGGCCCAGACGCCCCGUUCAGAGCUCUUCGAAGUUUCAGGGGUAGUCAAAAAGCGUCAAUUGCAUGUCCGCAUAACCUACCACAAACACAUCCCUUCGGACCGGGUGGCAAAAUGGACCACGGCCUUCCAAGCCGCACUGGAGGAUGCCUGUCACGCCCUACCCUCCCUCCCAAAGCAGCCCACGCUCACCGACGUCCCUCUCCUGGACAUGGAUUACCGUGGUCUAGAUCAGAUGCUCAAGCGGGUGGCCGCAAUUGCCCACGUUGGCGGCAGCGGCUGCGCCCCGGUCGAGAUCGAGGACGCCUAUCCCUGCACUGGCAUUCAACAAGGCAUGCUGCUCAGCCAGGCCAAGAACGCGGCCCAUUACGUGACGGGCACUACCUGGGAGGUUCGGGCCCCGGGGGGUGUCGAUCGCCAUCGCUUUAUCGAGGCGUGGCAGAAAGUGGUCCAGCGGAACCCGGCCCUGCGUACCGUCUUUCUGGAAAGCCACACGGGCCAGGGUUGGGACCAAGUCGUGCUGCGGUGGACCGCUACGCCACAUGCAGGCAAGGUCGUCGUCCUCGAAGCGCAGGGAGCAUCGACUCCCCCUAUGGCCGAGGACAUCGGGCCCAUCUCGCCGACUUGCCCUUGGCACCUUGUAGUCCGCGACAGCAAGGGGGAUGGUGGUGAUGAUAACGGUGGUCUGAAGUGUGACUUUCGAGUUCUCCAUGCCCUCGUGGACGGCGUCUCGGUCGGCUUGAUCCAGCAGCAGAUCGCCGCAGCCUAUAAUGGUCAGCGGCUCCCGUCGCUAACAGCUGGCCUAAGAGAUUACAGCGCCUACGUACAGGCGCUCCCGCGUGGCGCCUCCACCCGCUACUGGGCCGACUAUCUCGCAGAAGCAGAACCCUGCAUGAUGCCCACCGUCAGCCGCGACACGGGACAAGUGGAACUUGAUACUGGUGUCAAGUAUGUCCUCCGGACCCUCCCCACCCUCGUAGAGCUGCGCGCCUUCUGCGAAAAGCACCACGUCACCGUCUUCAAUCUCGUCCAACUUGCAUGGGCGCUGGUUCUGAAAGCUUACACCGGGGCCGCGGCGCCUUGCUUUGGGUAUCUGGUCAGUGGCCGCAAUGUGCCGGUCCCCGAUGUAGAGCAGAUAGUCGGGCCUUUUAUCAACAUGGUGGUUUGCAGGGUCGACUUGGAGGAGGGCAAUAGACCCAUUGCCGAAAUGGCCCAAUCGAUCCAUUCGGAUUUCCUUCAGGGGAUGGACCAUCAGCACACGGCGCUCGUCGAGGUUUUCCACGAACUGGGCGUGACGGGUCGGGGGCUCUUUAAUACUAUCGUCUCGCUACAGACUAGAACAGAGGACAAGGGAGGAGUGCAAGAUGCGCCUUCGGGCCUGUCCAUGCGUCCAACGACGGGUGACGACCCGACAGAGUACGACCUCACCUUGAACAUCAGCCUAUCCAAAGACAGCAUGGACUACGCCCUGUGGUACUACGAGCAGUUGUUCCCUCAGAUACAAGUCGCACAUCUUGCAGAAGCUUUCGAGGCCGCCUUGUUGGGUGCGGUUCGCCAGGAGAACACUCGCGUCCGAGACAUCGCCCUCGUAGGCCCCAACCACCUCAAGUGGUUGCAUUCGCGCAACAAGGUGCUCCCUGAGGCUAAAAAGGAGUGCAUCCAUGACGCCAUCUCGCACUUUGUUCUUGCCACCCCUUCGGCGCCCGCCGUCUGCGCGUGGGAUGGAAACCUUAGCUACGGAGAGCUGGGCCGGCUGGCUUCGCUGCUCGCUGGGGUUCUGGUCCAGAGGGGCGUUCGAAACGGAGUCUUGGUGGCGAUCCAUCUGGCCAAGAGCCGAUGGACGGCCGUGGCGAUGCUGGCCGUGCUACAGGCUGGUGGUGCCUUCACGCUGCUAGACCCGUCUCUCCCGUUGGUACAUAAACAGGUUAUAUGUGACGAAACCGCCUGCUUAGUCUUGAUUACUUCGCCGGCUUCGCACCAUGCCUUGCCGUCUGUUCGCCAUACCAUUCCGAUUGGCGACAACCAGGAAGACGACUGGGCCACGAUAUUGACCAGCGAUGCCAACAAGUCCCUUGAAGCGGCGCGGCCUGAGACCCUCGCGUAUGCCGUCUUCACCUCGGGGUCGAUGGGUAAGCCCAAAGGCGUGCUUAUCGAGCAUGCGUCCUUCUGCGCCAGCGCCCGGUCCCAACACCGCCUCCUGGCUAUCGACAGUACGACGAGGGUCCUCCAAUUCUCGGCCUACACGUGGGACGUCAGUAUCAUGGAUCAACUGGGGACCUUCAUGGCCGGCGGGUGCGUCUGCGUCCCCUCGGAAAGCCAGCGGAUCGACGGGCUGGCAGGGGCGAUCCGGCAGUACGGCGCGACGUGGAUCCAGACGACGCCGCCCGUGGUACGACUACUCAAGCCCGACCAGGUACCGUCGUUGCGGACUGUGGUACUCAUCGGAGAGACACCUUCGCACGACGACGUCAAGACGUGGCGCGGGCGGGUGUCGCUGCGCGAGACGUACGGACCUACCGAGUGCUCGGUCUUGGCCAUGGUCAACCCGGACCUUGCUGGCGACCCAAGGAACAUUGGACGAGAGAGCGCCUGUGUGUGCUGGGUCGUUGAUGCGGACGACAACAACAAGCUGAUGCCCGUCGGCGCCAUUGGCGAACUUCUCAUUGAAGGACCCAUUCUCGGCCGAGGCUACUUGAACGACGCCACUCUGACGGCCUCGGUCUUCGUGCAGGAUUCCGUCUGGGCGCUGCAGCGUUCAGGCCCAGGUCCCGUCCGGCUAUAUAAGACGGGUGACCUCGCGCACUACUGCCAUGACGGCUCCAUCCGCUACGUGCGCCGCAAGGACACGCAAGUCAAGCUGCGGGGCCAGCGCAUGGAGCCUGGGGAGAUCCAGCAUCACAUCGCCGGCAGUUUCGAGGGCGCCGAACGCGUUGUGGCAGAUGUGAUCGAGGUCGGUGGCGGCACCGAGUCGUCCCGCGCGGUGCUGGCAGCCUUUAUCAAGGAGUCAAACUCCGGUUCCCACUCCAAUAGCAACGCUGCAGCCGAUCCGUCCUCGGACGUCCUAGCUGCUCCCAGCGAGGCCUUUGCCGCGAAGGUGGCACAAUGCCAGACCUAUCUCCAGACGCAGCUGCCCAAGCACAUGGUGCCUACCCUAUUCCUCCCCUUGGCUUGGGUGCCCAUGGCCAGCACCGGCAAGACCGACCGCCGCCUGCUCCGACGACGGGUGGCUGAACUGAGCCGGGAGGACAUCGCACAAUACCUCGCCACGGGCCUCGCGACGGUGGCGGCCAAGCAAGCGCCAAGUACUGACGCCGAGCGCACGCUGCGGGACGCAUGGAGCCGGGUCUUGGGGAUCCCGGCCGACACCAUCGGCAUCCACGACAGCUUUUUCCACUUGGGCGGCGAUUCCAUGUCGGGCAUGCGGCUCGUCGCUGACUGUUACGCGGCGGGUGUUGUCAUCACGAUGCAGGGCAUCUUCCAAUACCCAACGCUGCAGCAGAUGGCGCAGCAUAGCAGGAUUGAUUCCAUGCACCAUGGCCAUAAGGACCACGCGUUUCCCCUGACCAAGGCACAGCGAUCUCUGCUUCAGAGCUGCCUUUCAACCAACGGCGCACAACACUACCGCAGCUUUGUUCUCAAAAGCAGCUGGCCGGGUCUGGAUGCAGAUUGGCUCGGCCGCGCGAUGCGAGUCCUGGUUGGCCGCCAUGCCAUGUUGCGCGCCAGAUUUGAACCCGUGGGCCCGGGUCAAGACAUAUGGCAACAGCGCAUCACCUCCGAGAUAGAAAGUUCAUACCGCGUGCGCGUGGAAUCUGUCCCGAUUUUGAAUAACGCCGACCUUGAUCUCGAGCGGCAGCGAGGACCUAGCGGGCUCGACUUUACCAAGGGCCCUCUUCUAGAGGCUUGUCUGCUCCAGUCCCAACCAGGUGGGGAUUUAAACUAUGGCAACUACAUUGUCUUCUUCUCUCAUCCGCUGGUCGCGGAUGGUGCCUCUCGCAGCAUCUUGGCAGCCGACAUGGUUGCCAUGCUCGAGCAGGAUAUCCCGACCGCCGUUCAAGGCCCAGCACCGGCAGCUUUCCAAACGUGGUGCAGCAUGCCGCGCAACAAGGUUCAUCUCAGUCCCAAUAUGGAUCAAAAUUGUGACUCUAGGAUCACAACAAAUGCUAUUAACGGAGAUAACGGAGACGUGGCUCGCACAUGCCAGGAAGCGCGCCUCGACGUGCCAACCAGUCGCCUGAUCAGGGGGGAUGCCAACAGAGCCUUUUCAACGCAGCCUCUGGACAUUCUGCACGCCGCCCUCCUUCACUCCUUGUUCCAGACGUCCGGGCUACUUGAAAGUCGCCCCGUUGUCUGCGCCCAAGGCGACGGCCGUGACUUUGGGGACGCCUCUUUGGAUCUUUCGCACGCUGUCGGUUGUUUCGAUACCCUCUCAACCGUACAACCUGACGCGAAUCAUCUUCACAGCCUGGUCGAUCUGGUCCGUCUUGCCAAGGACGCUCGAAGACUACCUCGAAUGAAUCAAGCCGAUGUCGACCAGUACUCUGCAACAGCGCUUGAUGGUGAGUCGUCGGGCCCAGGACCUCUCAUUGUAGCCCUGAGCUUCGAGGAAGGGGGACAUGGAGACCAGCAAAACCAUGAACCAGCUGUGCAGAUGGCAUUGACCCGCAUUGAAGUUUCCUGCUGUGUGGGUCAAGGCCAGCUUGUGGUUUCCUUCAUGUACAAUGGCCAAAUGCAGAAUGACGAGUUGAUGGCCAAGUGGCUCAGCAACUACGAGCUGUCCCUCACUUCAGCGGCGGCUGAACUGGCCUCAAGAGCACCUGCCUACACCCUGAGCGACUUUCCCCUUCUCCAGCUCACGUACGAAACCCUCGAUGGCUUCGUAGCCGAGGUGGAGGACCUAGCUAGGUCGCAGGGCAGCGAAGAUCCCAUCGCCAUUGAAGACGCAUACCCUUGCGCGCCGGUCCAGCGCGGCAUACUCCUGAGCCAAUCCAAGAAUGGUCUUCUCUACCGGCCUCGAUUCUCCUGGAGGCUUCAUGCGAUCCGAGCAGCAACAAUAGAGCUGCCUCGCCUCCGAAAGGCAUGGGAGACUGUCCUGCAGCGACACGCGAUUUUCAGAACCGUGUUCGCGCAGCAGGGCAGUGCCCGCGACGGCUUCUACAGACAGGCUGUCCUGCGGUCAACACCCAAUAACAUCACCGAGAUACAAUGUGAUGAUGGGGACGGUUAUGCCAGCUUGAUUCGCGACGUCCAAUCACGACAUGAGCAUGAGCCCUGGCAUGUGGUUUUGUGCCAGACGAAGAAAACGAGAGACACCUUCUGCGAGCUGCAAGUGAACCACGCCUUGAUCGACGGAGCCUCCAUCACCAUUGUGGCGAGGGAGGUCCAGCGCGUAUACGCUGGCGUGGGUCCGAUUGGAGGCGGACCUCGUUACCGUGGCUAUAUCGAAUAUCUGCAGUCAACGCCAUCCGAUACCAUAAUCGCCCAUUGGAAAGACAAGCUCUCGGGAGUUUCGCCCUCGUUGUUCCCCAAGAUCUGCGACACUCAGGAAGACACCUCCGUCGAGCAGAACAAGCGAGUCCUGAGAAGUGUCGAUGUUGAGGUUGAGGACGCAUCGCUCAUCCACCAAUUCUGUGCUCGGCACCAGCUAAAUGUCUCGACCGUCAUCUAUGUCGCCUGGGCACUAGUCCUCCGGGCCUAUAACCAGUCUGAUGGGGCUUGCUUUGCCUACACAACGUCUGGGCGCGACGUGCCUGUCCCAGAAGCGGCUGAGACUGUUGGUCCGUUCAUCAAUGUCCUGAUCGGCCGUGUUCAGUUGGCUGCCGAGACGAGUCUUCUGGGCAUUCUGCGAACGGUGCAGCAUGACACGCUAGACAAUCUCAACUAUCAGAAUUGCUCGCUGGCCGAGAUCGGUCACGCUAUUGCCGUUGACACGGCUGAGCUGUUUAACACUAGCAUAUCCGUGCAAGAUAGCACUCCGCACCAAGGCUCGUCUGAUCUACCCGUGGUCUUCACCAGCGAGGGAGGGGCCGAUCCCACCGAAUACGCACUCUCCUUGCAUGCCUUGGUGAAUAAGCAAACUGUCGCGCUCUCCAUCGGGUAUUGGGAGGGUGAGUGCUUGUCGUCCGAACAAGCUGACCAAGUCAUCCACACUUUCCGAGAAGCGAUCAAUACCGUGGUCGCGCAGCCUCGGGCCACCGUUGCGCAAGCCAGCCUACUGAGUCCCAAGGACGCGGGCCUUAUCAAGCAGUGGAAUUGGAAUACCCCGCCGAGGCAUGAGCGCUGCGUACACCAUCUUGUAGAAGAACACUUCCGAGAUAGUGCCUCCUCACUAGCCGUGCAUUCUUGGGAUGGAGACUUGACCUAUGGAGAGCUCGACCAUUUAUCCGGCCGGCUAGCCGCUCAUAUUGUGGAACUCGGCGCCCAACCCGAGACGUAUAUCCCGCUGGUCUUUGAAAAGUCCAAGUGGACCGUUGUGGCCAUGAUGGCCGUCAUGCGAGCCGGGGCGGCCUUCGUCCUCAUGGACCCGACAACCCCGGUCCGCCGCGUGGAAGACAUCUGCACCGACGCACAGCCUUCACUUGUGCUCGCCUCGGUCACCCACCGAGACGUCUUGCAGCACCUGUCCGUACAAACGAUUGUCGUCGGUCCCACUAGCGAGACCACGUGGCCCACCCAACCCCCUGCUCAGGUCCAUGUCGAGCCGUCCAACCCUGUCUACGCCGUUUUUACCUCGGGCUCUACCGGCAAGCCUAAAGGAGCGAUCCAGGAUGUGGGCGCCAACUGGGUUGAGCUCACACCCUCAGUCGCCCGGCUGAUCACCCCAUCCCAUGUCCCUGCGUUGCGGACUGUGAACAUGGGCGGAGAGUCGAUGGCCGCCACCGACAAGGCCCAGUGGCGGGGAUACGCCCGCCUAGUCAACACCUACGGGCCUGCCGAGUGUGGCUCAUGGUGCAUGGUGCAACCAGAUGUGACGGCUAGGUUGGGCCCGCCUGACAUUGGCUGCGGCACGGGCGCGGUAUGCUGGAUCGUUGAUCCCGCCGACCAUCAGACUCUCCUCCCCGUGGGGGCCGUCGGCGAAAUCCUCCUCGAGGGCCCCGCCGUGAGCAGCGGCUACCUGCGCCGGCCCGAACUGACCGAGGCCUCCUUUGUUCAGCCUCCAGACUGGAUUACUCGCUUCCGGCCCGCAGCUUCGCACCGCUUCUACAAGACGGGUGACCUGGCCCGCUACCAACCCGACGGCACCAUGGUGCACAUGGGCCGGAAGGACACACAGGUCAAAUUACGCGGCCAGCGCCUGGAGCUCGACGAGGUGGCCUUCCAUGUGCGACAAUAUCUACCGAAGCACGCUGACGCCGUUGUCGACCUCAUUCAUCCGGACGGUGGUGGCGCGAGGCCCAUGCUGGCGGCCUUCAUCUACGCGCCGAACGACGAAAGGAGCCGGGGAGUUCCCCAAACCCAAGACAAAGACAAUGACAAUGUUCUCAUGUCAGCGACAACGGCCUUCCAGAGAAUCGCCCUCGAGAUUCAGACACAGUUGCGAGCGACGCUGCCCAGUUUUAUGGUCCCGACGGCAUUCCUGCCUCUGCAAUGGGUUCCCCUUGGUCCCACGGGCAAGCUGGACCGCAAGUGCCUCCGAGCUUUAGCUGCCCAAAUGACAUUAGACGCGCUCCUCCAGGCUUACGACGCCGAAGCCAUGACGCCCUCGCUUCAUAAAGCGCGUCCGGCGAACGACCUCGAGGCAUCGCUCCUGGAAUGUGUGGCCCAUGUACUCAACAGAAAGCCAGAAGAGCUCGGCAUCAACGAUAAUUUCUUCCAUCUCGGCGGUGAUUCGAUUGGUGCCAUGGAGCUCGUGACACGUUGCCGCCACCAGGGCCUGACCAUCACCAUGCCCGACAUUUUCCGGCACAAGACCGUCCAUCGAAUGGCACGGUUAGCCAGGAGAGUCGGAACCGGGGCCAGUGCAGUCAAGGGCAAGGAGGAGGAAGAAGUCGGAGUGCCAUUUGGCCUGUCCCCGAUCCAGCAGGCUUUCUUCGAUCGUGUCCCCGAAGGCCGACUUCGCUACAACCAAAACUUCGUGGUCGAACUUCAGAGCUCCACGCAGCAGCCCAUAGAGGCGGCCAUAUCCAUGGUAGUGAGGCGGCAUGCUAUGCUGCGUGUCUCGUUCCGUCGGAGCGAGGCAGGCUCGUGGAUGCAAACAAUCACCGACAGGAUCGAUCAGUCGUUCCGCUACCGCUAUCACAGCGCAAGCGUAUCCAGCGCAGAACUAAAGCAUCAUCUGGAGGAGACCCAGGCAGUAGUGGAUUGCCAAAACGGCCCGAUGCUGGUAGUGGACCACUUCCUUGUCGAUGGGCACCAGUAUCUCUCGUUUAUCGCCCACCAUCUUGCCGUGGAUCUCGUUUCAUGGCGAGUCAUCAUGAGCGAUCUCGAAGUCUUGCUGGGAGGCGAGUCACUCCCACCAUUGCAUUGUCUGUCCUUCCCGAAAUGGUGCCAGGCGCAGUCGGAACACGUCCGCACAAAUCUAAAGCCUCCAGAGACGCUGCCGUCGUUGGAGAUCCUUGGCGACUUCGAGGCUGAUGUCGAGGGCUUCUGGGGUUGCCCACAAAUCACCAACACCCACGCCGAAGCAAUCUCGGCCAGCUUUACGGUGGACUUGAAGACCACCACGCUUCUUCUUGGGCCGGCCAACGAGGCUCUACGGACAAAGCCUAUAGAACUUAUCCAUGCUGCCAUUCUUCUAUCUUUUGUCAGGGUCUUCCCAGGACGCCGACCACCUAUCAUCCAUCAGGAAGGCCACGGCAGAGAGGCAUGGAGCAGAUCUAUCGAUGUUUCCGAAACGGUCGGCUGGUUCACCACGCUUUUCCCCGUCAUCGUUCCUGUUGCAUCAGACACAACCUUGGUAGAUGUGGUUCGACAGACAAAGGACGCUCUACGUCAAACACCGGCGAAUGGCUGGAGCUACUUCGCCGCUCGCCACCUGCACCCUGAAGGUCACCGUUUGCUUGAUCUAAAUAGACCUGCCGAGAUACUGCUCAACUACCAUGGGGCAUACCGCAGCCUGGAGAGAGAGGGUAAUAUUCUACAAAGUACGUCGAGGUUUGAUGGCCUUAGCAUCAGCACCGACCCCCAGAUACCCAGGGAUGCCUUCUUCGUCAUAGAAGCCUGGGUUUCCGCUGGCAGGAUGCAAUUCGACUUCGCUUACAACCGGAAUUGCCUUCAUCAAGACUUGGUCCGCGAAUGGCUGACGACCUGUCGAGCUCUCCUGGGUGGAAUCGCGGAGGAACUCUCAAGCGCACCUCGCCAAAUCACAUCGGGUGACUUCCCACGACUCAGACUGACGCAACAGGAGAUGGAGAUGCUUUUUCAGCGCGUCACUCACCUCAGCAUAGCGCCGUCAUUUCUGAAGGACGCAUACCCAUGCUCGCACAUGCAGCAGGGGAUACUAGUGAGCCAGGCAAGAAACGACGCGCUCUACGAAACCACGACAAGGUGGAAGAUGACGAGCCACGGAAUCGACAACCACCUGACUGCUGGCCGCAUCGAGGCGGCCUGGCAGUUAGUGGUGGCCAAGUACGCAACACUGCGCACCAUCAUCAUCGAAAGUCCCUCCAGCCAUCGUUCCUACGACCAGAUCGUGCUCGAAGGCGACAAUAUUACCGGAAACAUCACCAUCACAAACUUCUCCGGCCCGCCAGUAGAAAAGCAGGGUCCUCUCCCUUGGUCAUUCGCAGUAACCCAGACUUCGGAUACCGGCGACUUCCAAUGCGCCCUCACCAUCAGCCACGCCCUCGUCGACGGCCGCUCGCUCCAACUUCUGGGCGCCGAGCUCGCCGAGGCAAUCAACGGGAGUGCUCUCCAUCGCGGCCCAGAACCUCUGCAAUAUAGCGAGUACAUUUCCUACCUGAGCGACGAGACCCCAAGAGAGGAAGAUACUGCCCGUUACUGGCGGCAGUACCUGCACGAUGUCACGCCAUGCCGAUUUCCCAAGCUGAGCGGCGGCGGCCCAUCGUCCCAGCGGGGACAGAGCCAGCUGCAUUCAGCCACUCGGCAGAUUUCUUCCGGCCGUCUACAACGACUCUGUGAAGAAUACGGGACCACGCCUUUCAACGUCAUCCAAGUGGCCUGGGCGCUCGUGCUGCGAUGCUACGUGGGCUCCGAUGACGUCUGUUUCGGAUACCUGGCGUCCGGGCGGGAUAUUGCCCUCCCUGGGAUUGAGGAUGCCGUAGGGCUUUUUAUCAACAUGUUGGUUUGCCGGCUGCGGGUGGACGACCAAAGUCUUCCCGUCGGGGUGUUGCUGGAAAGGAAUCAAGAAAGUUUUGUUCGCGGUUUGGAGAACCAGCAUUGUUCUAUGGCUAGGAUCCAGCAUGAUCUAGGCCUCCGGGGUGAUGUGCUUUUUGAUUCCAUCAUAUCGUACCAGGCUCGUUCUGGUUCAGGGGAUGAUGCGGACAGCGGCCACGCUGCGAAGUUAGAAACGGUCGACAUCGACGAUCCAACUGAGUAUGGUCUGGUUCUCAACGUUGAUGGGGCCAAAGACAUCAUCAGCCUAUCUCUCAGUUUCUGGGACGCCUAUCUCGAUCCCCAGCAAGGGUCUGCGCUCUGCGGACUCUUGGUACAGACCAUCCUACACAUGGCCGACAAUCCCCUCGCCACGGUCGCGGACUGUCAGACCCUAAGCGACCAGGAUCGCGACCGAAUCCACGCCUGGAACGAACAUCUCCCGCAGGCGGAGCAAGCCUGCGUCCAUCAGUAUAUCCUGGAACAAUGCCAGACGCGAUCCGAGGCCCAGGCGAUAUGCGCGUGGGACGGUGCCAUCACCUACCGCGAGCUGGACACGCUAUCCGCGGCUUUUGCCAUGCAUCUGCAGACGCUUGGGGUUGAGGGGCCCGACGUCUUCGUGCCUAUCCUGCUUAACAAGUCGCUGUGGGUGGGCAUCGCCUUGUUGGCCGUAUUGCGUGCCGGCGGAGCUUUCGUGCUGCUCGACCCGGCCCUGCCCGACCUCCGUUUGCAGUCCAUCUGCCAGACGCUGGGGUGCCAGGUCAUCGUCUGCACACCUCCAGACCACGAUAGGGUGGCUACGUUGGGGCCCCGAGCGGUGGCGACCGUUUCCCACUCGGAAUCUGAGCGGUGGCCAGCGCCAACGCCAGGCCUCCUCACAUAUCAGGCGGAGCCGGAUCAUGCAGCUUACGCCGUCUUCACAUCCGGCUCGACGGGGAAACCAAAGGGGGUCGUCAUCGAACACACACAGUACGCGACCAGCGGCCGGUUCCUCCAGAAACGCCUCAGCGUCUCCCCACACGCUCGCGUCUUCCAAUUCGCCUCGCAUUCCUUCGACGUCAGCGUCAGCGACUACCUCACCACCCUCAUGGCCGGCGGCUGUGUCUGCGUGCCCUCCGAGGCCGACAGGCUCAACGACAUAUCCGGCGCCGUCGCGCGUCUCGAGGCCAACUGGAUGCACAUCACGCCCUCGGUCGCACGCACGCUGCAGCCGUCGCAGGUCCCGGGUAUCGAUAACCUCGUGCUCAGCGGCGAGGUCCUCCAGGACGAUAACGUGCGGACGUGGGCGCCCGCAGUCCAUCUCAUCAACGCUUACGGGCCCGCCGAGUGUUCCGUGGACUGCGUCGUCAACGACCAGGUUGCUUUGGACCCUGAGAGCAUUGGAACGGCCAGUGGUGCUGUUUGUUGGAUCACCGAUGUCGAGAACCCGGAUAGGCUGCUUCCCAUCGGGGCCGUCGGUGAGCUCCUGGUCGAGGGUCCUAUCGUAGGGCGGGGGUAUCUGAAGGAGGAGGAGUUAACCCGCCAGGCAUUCAUUCCACCGCCGGCCUGGCUACAGCGGUUCCGCGGACCCCACGCGACUGCGGGCAGGCUCUACCGCACGGGCGACCUAGUUCAAUACCUCCCCAGCGGUGCACUACGGUACAUCGGCCGCUAUGAUAGUCAAACCAAGAUCAACGGCCAGCGCGUGGAGCUCGGUGAGAUCGAGUCUCAUCUCGGCCGGCUCUUCUCAGAUUCGCAGAGCGUGGCUGUGGCACUGCUCCAGCAGCCACCGCCCUCGUCACAACAACAGACAUUAACGGCCUUCAUACAAUGGGGCCCGGGAGAUGGAGCUUGCGAUGAUCUUGACACUGAAUGCCGCAUCCUGGAAUCAAGUCCUGAUUUCUUCUCCAGCAUCCGCGACGCUACAUCCCGUCUUCGUGAGUGGCUGCCCUCUUACAUGGUGCCCGCGAGGUUCCUCGCUGUCAAUCGCAUUCCCCUGAACCGGUCAGGCAAGGUCGACAGGACAAAACUCGGGCACUUGGCAUUAACCGCCCCCGCCUCGUUGAGAGAGCACCUCGGACAUGGUGACCAUGGCCAGAAGAAUCCUCCCAGGUUCCUGUCAGAGAGAGAACAACAAAUCCAAAGGCUCUGUGCUGAGGUGCUAGGCCUCGUUCCUAGUGCUAUCGACAUUGACAGCGAUUUCUUCCAUAUUGGAGGAGACUCGAUCAAGGCCAUGCAGCUGGUGUCUCUUGCCCGACGAGAGGGUCCGUCGAUAACCGUGAGGCAGAUCCUCCUUUCCACGGCUCUUGCGGAGCUGGCGAGAGCGUCAUCCCCGUCUCAGUCCGACUUGAAGAAUGGCUUGCCCCUGGAUAAGGAGGACGUCAUCAACGGCCGCACAGAAGAAGCCUUGGACGCCCGACUUUUGAGCUCCUUGCCCUGGCAAGACUUAGGGUUCCAGGAACAAGACGUAGAAGACGUAUUGCCCGCUCUUGACUUGCAGACCUUUUCCGCCUCCCGGCCGCAGAACUACUGGUUCCUGGAGCUCAGGGGACCCCUGGACACGACGCAGCUAAAGCGGGCAUGCCUCGAGUUGGUUCAGCGCCACGCGAUCCUGCGCACUGUCUUUGCGCUGCACAGUGAUGGCAGGACGUUACAGGUGGUCCUACGUCAACUGCCUGCGUCAGUAGCCGUUGUGGAGGAGCUCGAGACCGACGAGGCGGACUUGAUGGCAUUUGUCGUGACCGAGAGCCGCAAGGACGCGCAUUUCCAGAAACUGUACGGAGCGCCGCCGUUGCGGAUGACACUGGUUCGACGACACCACGAGCACCAUGUGCUCGCGCUGCGACUGUCGCAUGCCCAGUACGACGGACUGUCAAUUCCCGUGCUGAUAAACGACCUGCUGGGGCUCUACGAGAACCGUGACGUGGGCACGGCGGCCUUGUCCUUUGCCGCCUAUACACGUUAUUGCCUAUCGCGCAAUGUCACAGAAGGCGUACUGGCGCACUGGCGCGGGCUUCUGCACGGCGCAUCAAUGACGCACUUAUCAGAGCUAGGCUUGCCCGUCCACCCCCACCCUCCGACUGCCCCAAGCUUGGUCGAAGUCACGACCAGCGUGCGACGACCUACACCACCGCCGGGCAUCACCGACGCCACCGUAGUCAAGACGGCAUGGGCGCUCGCCCAAAGCCGGGUACUCCAGGGCCGGGGCGACGUCGUGUUUGGCCAGCUCGUGAGCGGGCGCAACGGAGACCCCAGCCUGGCCGCCGUUGUGGGGCCCUGUCUCAAUCUGUCGCCUGUGCGAGUGCAGCUGCUACUGCGAGACGACGGCGACCACUCCUCCGUGGCAGCGCUGAUGCGCCGAGUGCAGGACCAGCACGCCGCCUCGGUCGACUUUGAGACGGUGCCCCUCAGUGUCGUGGCAGCCCGCUGCACGUCUUGGGAGGACCCGGCUGAUAUCGAGUUCGGCUCUGUUGUGCACCACCAGUACGCCCCCGACCAGUUCCGCAUGCGUUAUGGCGCGUUGGAUGCCUAUGUGGAUGCCUGGUCGCCUAUCUCACUGCCGGGGCGGAGUAUCUGGCUGGCGUCCAGCGUCGUUGACGCUGAGGAUGGUGAUGAUGGUGACGCCGGCCAAUUGCUCCGGUUGAACAUGUUUUGUCGCAGCGAGGUUGCUUCGGGAGAACGGCUGGAAGAGCUGCUGGGCGUGCUUUGUGCCGUGUUGCGUGCCCUGGAUGGCGGUCUCGAUUCGCCUGUCACACAGCUGUUGUGA